AUGGUUGUGGGCAGCAAGAUGUCGGGCAUUGCGCUCACCGUGGGAGCUUGCGUGGCAGGUCAGGCGUUCAUCGCUCCCGCACAACCUCGGGCUCCCCCUGCCAGAUCUCCUCAGCUGGCGGCGGAAGUCGUGGCAGAGAGCGGGCCUCGCACGCAGACAUGUGCCUCGCCAAACGCUGCAACUUGCUUGGGGAUGGCGGCUGGCAUUGGUGGCUUGGCCAUUUGCAUGGCAGAGCGGCGAGCAACAAAGGGGAAGAGGGCGAAAGCUCUCGUGCAAAUGCAAGCGCAGCCGAGCCCCUAUGACGGAUGGGCCCAUUGCGAGCAGUACAAGGAUGAGCUACUCGAAACGGUCACAGCUCUCACGCAGCCAGGAAAGGGACUCCUGGCCAUGGACGAGUCCAACGGCACCUGCGGCUUGCGUUUGGAGUCUGUCGGCGUUGAGAACACAGAACCAAACCGACAGAAGUGGCGGCAGCUUUUGCUUGGCACGAAGGACCUUGGCAAGUAUUGCGGAGGGGCCAUCCUCUUCACGGAAACUCUGUACCAGAAGACGACGGAUGGAAAGCUCAUGGUCGAGCUGGCCAAGGAGAAUGGGAUCAUUCCUGGAAUCAAGGUUGACACCGGCCUCGUUGAUCUCGUGGGUGGCAAGGAUGGAGAGAAGUGGUGUCGAGGGUUGGAUGACCUGAAGGAGCGGACUCAGGACUAUUACAAAGCAGGUGCCAGGUUCGCGAAGUGGCGCACGACAGUGCGCGUCAGGGACCACUCCAAGCUUGCCGUCGUGGAGGCUGCCCAUGGCUUGGCCCGCUAUGCGAACAUCUGCCAGUCGUCGGGGUUGGUUCCGAUCAUUGAGCCCGAGAUCUUGCUGGAUGGCGAGCACAGCAUCGAGGAGUGCAAAGAGACCUUCGAAGAAACGUGGAGCGAGGUUUUCAAGGCCUGUGCCGAUUUCGGCGUCCAGCUGGAAGCUGUGCUCUUGAAGCCGUCGAUGGUAACACCUGGAGCCCAGUCUGGUCAGAGUGCCGACCCUGCGACCGUUGCAUCGCAGACCUUGGAAUCCUUGAAGCGUGUGGUGCCUCCAGCCGUGCCAGGAAUCAUGUUCUUGUCCGGUGGCCAGUCCGAGAUUGAGGCGACCUUGAACCUCAACGCCAUGAACCAGGGAACCAACCCUUGGCAUGUUUCGUUCUCUUAUGCCCGUGCACUACAGAACACCACCCUCAAAACCUACGCUGGGAAGGACGAGAACGUGGUGGCAGCGCAAGCGAAGCUGCUCAUCCGAGCCAUGGCGAACUCUAAAGCUCAGCUGGGAGAAUACGACCCUGCCACUGCCGAUGAGGAUGCGACUGCAGCAGAGGGCAUGUACGUGAAGGACUAUGCGUACUGA